AUGCACAAUCUUUCACAGAGAUAUAGGAAAGAGAAGACAGCACUCGGGUCAACUGGCGGUUCUCCGUCGCAGUGGCCACUGUACGAAAAAAUUAGAGCCGUACUGUUGCCGUACGUCAGCUACAACGCCGAGAGCUUAGUGGAGGAAAGCUUUCAAAGUGUUACUGACUCCGAACCACUUGAAAUUUCGGUGGAAUUUGUUGCUGCAUCUCCAUUGCCAUCACCGGUUUGCAUACCUUCGCCCUUAGCGAUGCCGAUGUCGCCAGCCGAUAUUUCUUCGCAAACAAUACCGUCUCCCGAGCCGAGUGAUUCUAUAAAUAAAAAAAUGAAUCAUUUUCAGAGCCUCAUAUUAAGAAAAUUUGAAAAAAUUGAAAAACAGCUCGAGAAAGCAAGUCAGGAAUCUAAUGAAACCAGCAUAAAAAUUAUGGACAUGACGAAAAAAAUGCUUGAAAACGACAAUAAAAAAACCCAACUGAUGGAAGAGUAUAUGAAAGACUCUAAAGAAACAAAUCAACUAUUACUUGAAUUUUUAAAUAAAUAA